GAAUUGAGGCUCCAGGCAAGAAGCAGGACUCUGGGACUUUAUGUACCCCAACACCCUGUGUUUCCAUAAAUUCUCCUGCAGCAGACUAUCAGGAGUGGGCGGAAGUAAUGUAAAAGGGCGGGUUUUACACCCAAGAUGACACGAUUCCACACUGCAAGGCGGCUGCACGGAGGGAACGCGCGACUUUCCUAAGGUCGCACAGCCGGUCUCAGAGCCAGCCACCUCAGCGAAGCCACAAUUGCCUUCCGCGUCUCUCCUCUCUUCCUGGAGCUGUGCUCGCUCCCAGACGGGGCCGCGCCCCACGCCGGGCAGGGCGUUCUGCAGCCAGCGGCCGCUCCCCGGCACCCCUCUUUGGCUCGGCGGCGGGCGCGGCGCCCGGAGCCCCCACCCAACCGCCCCACCGUAGAAACCAGCUAGCGGGCCGCGGCAGCUCUGCAGACUCACCAGCCGCACGCGGUGCCGGGGCAACGGCGAGAAGGCGCUUCCGCCUCCCGCGGAAGCCCCGCCCCCUUCCGCCGGCCGCCUUUGUAGCGCUGCGGGGUGGGGCUCGUCAGGGGCGGGGCCCGGAGCGGGGGGCGGGGCCACCCGAGCCGCCAGUUUCCCGCCUCCUCGCGCCGGGCACGGUCCCUCCCUGCAGUCCGUUACCCUCCCGCUACCAAAACCAAAGGGGACAGGCGCCUCCCUCCAGGCCCCAAGAUACGCUCCAGGGCAUGCUAUGAGUCAGCACCAUCCCUUUCAGCACGCCCCUCGAGGCCGCAAUCACGGCCCUCUGCCCAAACCUUCAGUAUCAGCCAUUUAACUGAGGGUAUCAGCCAGUGCUGGAGCUGCAGAAACUGGGACCAGCCCUCCACUGACCUCUGACCUGACCCUCCCCAGUGGCUUUCUCUGUAUUAGCUGCUCCCGCUGCUGCGUCAGAUAUUCUCAGCUGCAACUCCCUGCAAGGUGGGGCACCCAUCUCAGGCAGAAGGUUUUGGUGCACCCCACUGAUCCUACUCCCCAGGACUGUCGCUGCCUGUGGCCUCAGGAUGAAAGGGGAGACCCCUGUGAACAGCACUAUGAGUAUUGGGCAAGCCCGCAAGAUGGUGGAACAGCUUAAGAUUGAAGCCAGCUUGUGCCGGAUAAAGGUGUCCAAGGCAGCAACAGACCUGAUGACUUAUUGUGAUGCCCACGCCUGUGAGGAUCCCCUCAUCACCCCUGUGCCCACUUCGGAGAACCCUUUCCGGGAGAAGAAAUUCUUCUGUGCCCUCCUCUGAGCUGCCCUGUCCCUCCUCACAACUCUUCACCUUUCCCUCUCCCGGGCCCUUCCUUAUUUAUGUCUGUAACUGUCGUGAGCGCCCGAGGGUCCCUGCAUCCCAUCCCUAGCCCUUGCCCAACCCUGUGGGGUUAUCUGAAGCACAAGGCUCUCCCUCACCUAUCUGCUGACCCCAUUUCCUCGCCCACUGUGGCAGACCCGAAGCACCCCGUGACUCGGGGCACCCUUAGCUCCACCCACAGAAGGGCUGUCAAACUCUGCCAACAUCCUGCCCGCUUCCCUCUGUGACCCGCUCAGAUAAUGGAGAGAGGGAUAGGCUGGGUGUUUGCUCUCAGUCUCACCUGGAGCUAUUGGAAGGGUAAAGUCAUUUGAAGAAUAAAGUCAUCCAGAGUCUCAGAGG